CCAGUGGGCGGGCAAUGACGUUAGUUCUUGUUUAUUUAAGUAGACCAAAUACUUUCGUUUUAGUUCAACGCGCUAAACUAAGGCGAGCGGUCGUCAGAAACAUGAAGGUUCCAGCAUUUUUGCUUGUCCUGGCUGCUGUUUACUUGGAAGUGGACUCCAAGUUCAGUCCACCAAAAGUUCAUGUCUACAGCUUCAAGCCAGCAAAGUUUGGAGAUGAAAACAUGGUGAUUUGUCACGUGAGCGAAUUCCACCCCCCUGACAUCCACAUCAAGUUGUUCAAGAAUGGAGAGGAGAUCGGCGAGGCGGUCCAGACAGAUCUGAGCUUCAAGAAGAACUGGCACUUCCAUCUGACCAAGCACAUUGAGACUAAACUUGUGCAAGGAGACAAGUUCAUGUGUGAAGUCAUUCAUGGAACGAGUGCCUCAAAAUACUUCGACUGGGAGGUCAACAUGUAAGAAGAGGUCCAGUGAUCUGUGAAUUUUACCGAAUUUUACAGGAAUUUUACCUUUCAUUCCUUCACAUCUUCCAUUGAUCUGUGACUGUAGAGGGACAUUGGUGGUUCUUAAUUUGCUGUCUUCAAUCAAUCAUAUCACACUUUCAAUUAUUUUAAGGUACCGUAUUUUUCGGAGUAUAAGUCGCUCUGGAGUAUAAGUCGCACCGGCCGAAAAUGCAAGGAAAAAAACAUGUAUAAGUCGCACUGGAGUAUAAGUCGCAUUUUUUGGGGAAAUGUAUUUGAUAACACCCAACACCAAGAAUAGACAUUUGAAAGGCAAUUUAAAAUAAAUAAAGAAUAGUAAACAACAGGCUGAAUAAGUGUACGUUAUAUGAGGCAUAAAUAACCAACUGAGAACGUGCCUGGAAUAACCAACUGAGAACGUGCCUGGUAUGUUAACGUAACAUAUUAUGGUAAGAGUCAUUCAAAUAACUAUAACAUAUAGAACAUGCUAUACGUUUACCAAACAAUCUGUCACUCCUAAUCGCUAAAUCCCAUGAAAUCUUAUACGUCUAGUCUCUUACGUGAAUGAGCUAAAUAAUAUUAUUUGAUAUUUUACGGUAAUGUGUUUAAUAAUUUCACACAUAAGUCACUCCUGAGUAUAAGUCUCACCCCCCGGCCAAACUAUGAAAAAAACUGCGACUUAUAGUCCGAAAAAUACGGUACUAUCAAGUUUUUGCACUUGGCAACUGCCACUUUUUUCCACAUGAAAUAGGGUCUAAGGAAAUGGUUAAUUAAAUGUUAGCCAACAUAAUGAGUUUGGAAAACAAAUAUUGGUUUGUUUUUGUAUUAUUCUUAAUAUCUUGAUUUAUAAAAUGGGACAAAAUGUCAUGAACUUUGCUAAUAAAAAAUGUUCAUCUUUCA